GCUGUUGAGAAAGUCGGUUAUUCAACAAGUGGAAACUCUGCCAAUCCUGUAAUAAAACGUAAAGGACUUGUGUUGUGUGGAAAUCAAGGGAUAUGAAACAGAAAAUAUAACAGUGAUGGAAAACAGCGAGUACCUACAUUGAACAAUUAUCGAAGUGAAAUUAGGGCGCGAAAAGCUCGGGUUCUCGUUUCUUAUCGUGUUGUUGAAGUGAAAGCUGAACUGUGAUUGAAAUUUCCUGAGUAUAUUGUGCUUGUGUUUAUUUGCGACUAUUUCCAAGACGAACGCCUUACAUCUCUCCAAUGGAAUCGCAACAUUGUACCGACAAAGACACGGAUAUGAGCACAGCUUAAUAACGAAUUAAGAUUGUCUAAUAAAAUACUGCAUUAGGCAACAAUCAUCACUCUUCACUCGCACAUUGCGGCGACAUUUCAAUUGGAAAUCAUGAAAGCCGGAAUAGUGGCGUCUUCUGUAGCAACUGUACCAAAGGAAGAAGAUACUAUUUGUACUGCGGAAUUGUUUUCACCGCAAAUACAGAACACAAACGCAUAUUUUGAACAGUUUUCAUCCGGUCCUCUUAGUGGGGCUAGUGGUGGAAUUCUGGGAGAAACUAUGCUAACGACACCAGAGACUGGUUCCAAUCAUACAGCAUCCUACAACGAAAUUGACAGCACGAGGCCACGAAGGACGAGUCGUCGAACACAGCCGAUGAACACUUUUGACCCAGACAUGACAGACUCCAGUUCACAGAGUGAUGACACAAGCGGUGGGGGUGGAAGUAGCAAUGGUGGCACUCGGGCGUCAAGUCGAGGUCGAAGUACAGGUGGCACAUCGAGGCGACGGAAAGGUGCCCUAAAUGCGAAGGAGCGAAACUUACGGAGGUUAGAAUCAAAUGAACGUGAAAGGAUGCGAAUGCAUAGUUUAAACGAUGCAUUUCAGUCGUUACGAGAAGUGAUACCACAUGUUAAAAAAGAGAGGAGACUUUCAAAAAUCGAGACUCUUACAUUGGCCAAAAAUUAUAUUACCGCCCUUACCGAUGUCAUCCUGCUGAUGCGAGGCGAAGAAACAACAGGAGCAGCAUCAUCUGUAGCAUUUCCUAGCCCGGAAAUAAAUUGCAACAUUUUCGCUGAUACAAAUACAGGUGCUUCGGACAACAUUAUGUCCACCGCGAAUAUAUACGAAGAACCUUUCCGGGAAUUCCUGUAAUCUUAAGUAAGUUUAAUUUUAGAUGAAUUUUUAUUUUA